UAUCCACCAGUGCAGCCAGCACGUAUGGAAAUAAUGAGUCUAAGAGUCAUUAUGUUGUAAGUUAGGCCGCAGCAGUUUAUGCGUUUAUUGUGAGUGCAUCAUCGCGUAUGUACCUAUAUAUAUACAUGCGAUGACACCAAGCGAGUGCUAAGACACUCGCGAUAACACAGGCGCGCAGCUUUCGCCCUCGUUCUUCGUGUCGUAAGGACACGCAAUUAUAUCGUCCGGGCUCUCAGCCAAGCUCGAGAAGUUGACGUAUGACGACGACGACGACGAGGACGAUGAUGAUGAAGCCGCGAAAGAGAUAAGACGACUGCCUGCGGUGUUAUUGACGAUAAAGAGAUAUUUUGUUUGGAACGAAAGUCGCUUCUCUGCGUUCUGCUGCUACUGCUGAUCUGCGCCUAUGUAUAUGUCAUGAGUACUUGCCAAUAAAUAGUGCUCAUUAUUCAGAUUUGUAUUAGAUCGUAGACUGAACGAUUCUUUAUUGCAAGCUCGCAAAAAUGGAGAAUCAACAGAGAGCCGAGAUUUUUGACUCUAACAAUUUCAUUAAUGUGCCGGGAUCUGGCAAUAUAUUAACGCAGCCAAUGAUGAUACCCAAUACUUCGAGCGUAGCUCCUCCACCCAUACCUCCAAGAAGGCAAGUGAACACUUCUAUGCAAGCGAUGCAAUCGCCUUACGGAUACGGAGGUGCCUGGGGCAUGAAUAGAUACUAUAAUCAGUACAGUCAAUACAAUCAAUUCAACCCAAUGUUCAGACAGAAUACGUGGGGGCCAAGUGGGGAUGUAGAGAAUCAUUUUGUGCAAUUCGCUGAAGCAAGCACGAGGCCAGCUUUUCAAUCGAUAGAAGCUAUGGUUCAUACAUUUUCUUCAUUGACAAUGAUGUUUGAGUCAACUUUUUUCGCUAUGACCAACUCCUUUAGAGCUAUUCUUGGAGUUGCUGAAAAUAUGGGCAAACUGAGAAUGAUGCUGAAAAACAUGUUUGGCAGCUUUGCUGCUAUCAGAUUUAUAAAAUGGUUGUACCUCAAAGUUAAAUAUUUGAUUGGAUUGAAAAAUCCAGAUGGAACAGCAAGUACAGAUGUACUGUGGGGACAAACUAUUUCUGAGGUAAUGACAGAAGAGGGUGUAGAAAAAAUUGGGUCAUCGUCAUGGCCUGUUUUCUUAUUUUUUGGCAUUAUAUUUUUAACACCUUACUUAAUUAGUCGAGUAACUGCAAGUGCUAGAGAUAUGGAAGCAAAAAUCAAUACACCUAAAGAAUGGUUCAGACAAAAAGAGAAGCCACUUGAAACCAUUGCACUUUUUGAUUUUCUACCAAGAUCUUCUGAAGAGCUGCCACUGAAAGCAGGUCAAAAAGUUUGGUUGGCUCCAUCAGAUUUACAACUAAAGAACUACCCAGGGUGGUGUAGAGCAACUGAUACUGUUAAAAUUGGAUUGAUUCCUGUAUCUUAUGUUCGACCACUUGCUCCUGGAAAUAGGAAGCCCUCUGGGUUUCAAACUCCACCAAUGGAUCAACAACCUUUAGUUAAUGAACCAGCACCCGUUAUGGAUGAAGUACCUUCUGAUUUGAAUAGCAAUUAAAAUAUAUUUAUUUCUUUUCUGCCUUAACAUAAACACCAAAUUCUUUUGUAAUAAGUUUUGUAAAUAUUAUAUAGGUGAUUUUCUAUAGAAAUUUUUUUGAUAAUGGGAGACUCAUUUUUGUGGGUAUUUAAAUGGAAGAUAGAUUUAAUAAGAAAGGGGAUAUUGUCUCUUGAAGAGAAAUUAAUUUGUAAGAAUUUCACUUUGAUGUUAUAUUCGUUCACCAACAGCAUUUACUGUACAAGUUUACA